CAAACACACCACGGUUGACGAGACAAAGGAACACUGGGCGAAGGGAAGGGAAGGCAAGGAAAGGCAAUAAAAUAAAUAUGAGAAAAUUCAAAGUCUUCGGCGUUGCCUGGUUGCAGGUCUGCAGCUUCACUUCCUCCUCCCCUCCGGUGCCGUGGAUUUCGCUUCCGGAUCGGAUAGCAAGGAAGUGUCUGCCUCUUUCAGCUCUUCUUUCUUACACUUCAUUGGUCUAGUUACUUAGAAAUGGCUGCUUUUGAAAAAGACGAUAUACCAAUGCUAUCAAACACCGAUCCACCAAUGUUAGAUGAACAAGUGGGUUCUUAUUUUCCCUCAUUUGCAUCAUUGACCCGGAGUUCAUCACUAUCAAUUCCAACAACUUCCUCUGGGUUGUAUGGUAAUGAGGCAAAUCUUGUUGGUCAUACUGGUCCCCUACGAAGUGAUAGAAAAAGUUCAUUCAUGGUGAGUGGUUCAACAUAUACUGGCCGCAAACCUGAAAGACUCUCACAGUCAAAUCCGGGUGUGCCUGAAAGCAAAACUGCAGAGCCACUGGCAGACAAAUUUCCUUCUUUCAAGGCAAAGGAUGAGUCUGAUUGGUCCAUUCAUAACUAUGCUGGCAGAAACGAACACUUAAUAAAGUCUGGCCAGUUGGGAAUGUGCAGUGAUCCUUUUUGUAUAACUUGCCCGACAUACAACUUGAAGGCAUCGAAACAUAAAAGCUUAAGAAUGUCGGGCAUAUUUGACCACAAGUUCCAGAGUGAUUUCUUUGGAGAUGGGAAAGGUUGGGCAGGGAAGUUUCGGACCUUCUGGUCAUUCUUGCUUCCAUAUAUUCCUGGAGUUAUGAAUCCUCAUGCAAAAGUUGUUCAACAAUGGAACAAGUUUUUUGUCAUUUCUUGCUUAGUGGCGAUCUUCUUGGACCCAUUAUUCUUCUUCUUGCUUGCUGUCAAAGAGGAUAAAAAGUGCAUUGUUAUUAACUGGCCCUUGACCACAACACUGGUGGCUUUCCGUAGCCUUACUGAUUUUAUCUAUUUACUAAACAUGCUUCUCCAGUUUAGGUUGGCGUACGUGUCACCAGAAUCCUUAGUUGUUGGUGCAGGUGAAUUAGUUGACCAACCGAAGGAAAUUGCUCUGCAUUACAUUAAAGGAAAAUUUUUUGUAGAUUUGCUUGUUGUUUUGCCACUGCCUCAGAUAAUAGUUUUUCUGGUCCUUCCAAAGUCUUUGGGGUCAUCUGGAGCAAACUAUGCUAAAAAUCUACUACGCAAUGCAGUUACUGUUCAAUAUAUACCCAGACUGUAUAGGUUUCUACCUCUUCUUGCUGGUCAGUCUCCAAGUGGCUUUGUAUUUGAGACAGCGUGGGCAAAUUUUGUUAUCAACCUUCUCACCUUUAUGUUGGCUGGUCAUAUUGUUGGGUCUUUCUGGUAUCUCUUAGGGCUUCAGGGUGUGAAUCGAUGUUUUCGAGAUGCCUGCAAUAAAACUGGAAGUAGAGACUGCUUACAGUAUAUAGAUUGUGGACAUGGGGAUGAAGCUUGGAGUCCUGAUCAUGAACCGCGGAGAAAAUGGGGAGAAAAUGGGAAUGCUAAGGCAUGUUUUGCUAAAGAAGAUUUUGAUUAUGGAAUCUACCUUCAGGCUGUAAAUCUUACUACAAAGAAUAGUAUAAUCACCAGAUACACUUACUCACUGUUUUGGGGAUUCCAGCAAAUCAGUACUCUGGCUGGGAAUCAAGUUCCUAGCUACUAUGAAUGGGAAGUCCUUUUCACCAUGGGCAUUAUUGGGCUUGGUCUGUUGCUGUUUGCGCUUCUCAUAGGGAAUAUGCAGAACUUUCUCCAGGCUCUUGGAAGAAGGAGGUUAGAAAUGUCAUUAAGACGUCGUGAUGUUGAGCAGUGGAUGGAGCAUCGUCGCUUGCCAGAAAAUUUAAGAAGGCAAGUACGACAGGCUGAAAGGUACAAUUGGGCUUCUACAAGAGGCGUAAAUGAAGAAAGGAUUUUUGAAAAUCUGCCUGAGGACCUACAAAGAAACAUAAGACGACAUCUCUUUAGAUUUGUCAACAAGGUUCGAAUCUUUGCACUGAUGGAUUAUGAGCCAAUUUUGGAUGCAAUACGUGAGAGACUACGACAAAAGACAUACAUAGAAGGGAGUGAAGUUUUCUCUUCUGGAGAUAUCAUUGAGAAGAUGGUUUUCAUUGUACGGGGGAAAAUGGAGAGCCGUGUAGAUGGGAUUGUGGUUCCCUUAUCUGAAGGAGAUGUCUGCGGUGAGGAACUUCUAACAUGGUGUCUUGAGCAUUCCUCCAUGAACAGAGAUAUGAAGCGCCUUCAAGUUCCAGCACCAAGAUUGGUCAGCAACCGGACAGUAAGGUGCUUAACAAAUGUUGAAGCAUUUUCUCUCCGGGCUGCAGACCUUGAAGAAGUGACUAGUAUGUUCUCUAGAUUCUUGCGAAAUCCACGUGUUCAAGGAGCCAUAAGGUACGAAUCGCCCUACUGGAGAUACCUAGCAACAACACGUAUUCAGGUAGCUUGGAGAUACCGGAAAAAGCGUCUAUCUCGAGCUCAAACCUCUCGAUCUAACAACUAAUUCAAUAUAUUGCCACGCACGUGAAGGAAAAUGUUAUAUUAUAUUUGACUUUGAAUUGAAUUUAAGUUAUUGUUUUUACUAAAACAAUUUUAAAUUUCUCUUCUACUUAAAUAUACAUAUUUAUAUUAUCCUAUUUAUAUAAAUGUUUAAAAAAUUUAGUACGAACUCACACCCUCUGAGAUAGGUGUGAAUUAUCAUUGACAAAAAAAAAAGAAAAAAAAAGUGUUGAUCAC